AUGGCUAUCGUAGAUAACAAUGUGAUUUACCGUACUGCUGUACUAAUCUCUUCAGUGAUGGUCGUCGCUCAGGGGAGAUAUAUAGACUUGACAUACAACAUCAACUCUGAUGUCAUGAGGUGGCCGAGCCACACAAAGUUUACACUCAAAGUUGAUAUAAGAGGACCUUUUGCUUCAGUGAAUUUUUUGGCUUCGAACAGUUUUGAGACAUCAGAACACGUUGCGACGCAUAUUGACGCGCCCUUCCACUUUAACCAACAUGGAAUCAAGAUACAUGAAAUGCCAUUCGAUAAUUUCUACGGACCUGCUGUCGUAAUUGAUAUCAAGGAGAAGGCAUCAAAGGUCCCAGAUGCAACUCUUGAUAUCAAUGACGUCACUUCCUGGGAAGAGAAAUACAACACCGAAAUCCCCAAGGGCGCUAUUGUAAUAAUGAACUCGGGCUGGGGGAAAUACUGGGGCAACUCAAGUGCCUUUCUAGGUGGGACCACAACCAAUUCCUUGCACUACCCUGGGUUCAGUGGCGAGGCUGUCACGUGGCUAGUUGAUAACAGAGAUAUCAAGGGCAUAAUCGUAGAUACUGUUAGCUGUGAUCCAGGAAACAGUGCCAUUGGGGAAGCCCAUCUGGCAAUAUUACAAGCCUCUAGUAAAUGGUGCGUUGAGAUGGCUGCAAAUCUAGAUGAAGUACCUGCUAAAGGGGCCAAUGUGUUCGCAAUGCCUAUAAAAAUCGAAAAUGGUACGGGAGCCCCCAUUCGCCUUUAUGCAGAGGUGGGAGCAGGAUGGGGAGUAAAUUCUGGACGCACCCUUAUAUGGGCGGAGUCGUGUGUUAUCGCCCUGAUCAUGUUCAUGUUUUUAUAUUUGUAA